AUGGCCAGCGCGGAUCCGUCUCCUUCAGCGGCGGCCGCAGCAGAAGCUGCCAGCGACCUCAACUACCUGCUGCAGCCCCUGCACUGGACGGCCGUCAUGCGACACCCAAGUGGCGCCGCCAGCUCACCUUUCUGGUUCCGACUCUACACCUUCGCUAUGUUAUCCUUAGACCUGUCCUUCGUCUGCUCCACGCUCAUCGUGUUGUUCCGGGAGGGCACAGCGGAUAUGGACGUCUUCACACUGACCCUCAGUGUUGCAGACACAAACGGCACCUGGCUCUUCCGCUUGGCACAUACCGUUAUGUGCGAGCGUGCCUUCCAUCAGCUCGCUGAUCAGGUGGGUCACGACUUCGCCGAGUUCUUGACGUGGGACGACAUCCCUCUGCUACGGGCGCAGUGCCGCGUGGUGCGCCGCUUCACGCUGACCUACAUCUGGUUUGGCGUGGGCGCCUGCGCCUACUUUCUGGUCUCUCCUGUGUGUGCUGAGGGCCUGCCUUACGUACUGGCUCUGCCCUUUGACGCGAUGCAGCCCUUGGGCUUUGCUGCCGCGUGGGUCUUCUGCAUGGUAACGUGCCUGCACACCGUGGUGAUGACCAUGGUGCUCGACUCGUUGAACAGCGAGAACGUGGCCCUGGCAGCCUACGACGCGGCUACCUUACUGCAGGAAUGUCCUCUGUCCAUCAAACGGUCGCUGCUGCUUCUGAUGCACCGCGCGCAACGACCACUGUGCAUCACGGCUAGUGGGUUCUUUCCCCUCUCCAGGGAGUCCUUUGUCGCGGUCGUCAAUGUGUCUUAUUCAUUCUUCGCCAUUUUACGAAAUUUCAAGAAGGAAGAGGAGUAA